AUGACGAUGGUUAUGGAAAACCAGAACCGCCCUUAUGGCGGCAUGAGCUUCGACAGCGUCUACCACAAUCCGCCGCAAUUCACAGAUCCCUGGGCACACUCGACAUCGCACUCGACACCUCCAGUCUAUGCGACCACCAUGGGCAAUGGCGCCAGCCUAUCUAUCAAGGAGGAUGUGAACCGCCCUGGCAUGUCCAUGCCAUACCCCAGCAUCCCAGUUUCCGCGCCGUCAAUGGUACCAGGAAGCACCUACGCGACUAGCUAUGGCCCCGAAGUUAUGGGCAUGCAACACGAGGUGCCGCGCACAACGUUCGACCAGGCCCCUUCCUACACUACUGCCCCGCCUAUGAGCAGUUUCGCGCCGGCCAGCUAUGCGCCCGUCAGCUACGCUCCAAUCCACCCGUCGCCCACAGACAACCGUCGCAUUUCGCACUCAGAUGCCCGCGUUGGCCCCUCACCCGCAUCCGCGCCCACCUUUGGUGAUGCGCUCGAUGCAAGCCGUGGAAUGGUCGCUCUCAGCCAGGACCUGACACCGCGCAACAUCUACGGCCCUGGUCCUCGAGGCGCGCGUGGCUCAGCCGACUCCUACGGUUUCCCCUCGACGCACUCCUCCACCUCCUCUAUCUCCUCCGGCGGCAACUACCCCUACUACAGCGCCUCAGUUGGCUCAGUCGACUCCUCCGUGACAGACUACAGUUCAACAACCUCCGAGUCAUACGAGUCGCGCACUCUCCCGCGCCCAACCAGCCUCCUAGCUGGUAGUGCUCCCCCAGGCCCUCAGUCUAUGAUGAGCCAGUUCAGCUCCAAGAUGCCAUCCAACACCCAGAAGAAGCACAAGUGCAAGGUGUGCGACAAGCGUUUCACGCGUCCAUCUUCGUUACAGACACAUAUGUACAGCCACACUGGCGAGAAGCCUUUCGCGUGUGAUGUUGAAGGCUGCGGGCGGCACUUCUCCGUUGUGUCAAAUCUGCGCCGACACAAGAAGGUCCACAAGGGCGAGAAGGACGCCGGCUCCGGCGACGACGACGAGUAA